AUGUUUAUACCUUUGUUUGCUGAAUAUGGGGAGGAUAUUUAUUAUGGUAGUGGUACGAAUUGCAAUAGACUUGAUGUCUAUAUUCCUGACACUUCAAAAUAUCCUCAAAUAUUUGAUGCGGCAUUUCAUCCUGUAAUUGUGUUUGUUUAUGGUGGUUCUUGGGGUUCAGGAGAUAAAAUAUGGUACAGCUUAUUAGCUUUGCGUUUAAGACAAAUGGGAUAUGUAGUGGUCGUACCGAAUUAUACUUUAUAUCCUAAGGCGAAGGUUGAUGUUAUGUUGUCUGACAUUAAACGCACUUUGGUAUGGACGAAAAGAUUCAUCAAUAAAUUUGGCGGUGACCCAAAUAAAAUUUACAUUAUGGGUCAUUCUGCAGGCGCUCACCUUGCAUCCCUUAUUACAAUUCGUGAUUCAAUUAUUAAAUCCCAAACUAUGGAAGGAAGAGUAAGCUCAAAUCUAAAUGAUAUUGAUCCUGAAUUAGAACUUCCUAAAGUUACUGGACUUAUUUUGUUGUCUGGUGUAUAUGAUAUAGGAAGACAUUAUCUUUGGGAAACUAAACGUGGUGUUGAGGAGAUUUCUCCCAUGAGCCGUGUUAUGGGUGACACACCUGAAACUUUUGAAAUGAAUUCCCCAACAUUACUUCUUCAAAGUGCAAUGAAAGAUAGAGAAGUUGAUAUUAAUAAGUUAAAGAAGCUAAUACCUCAAAAAAUGUUAUUAAUUCAUGGUGAUAUGGAUGAAACUGUUCCAAUAGAUUCAACUUUGAGGUUUAAUAUGGUGUUAAGUGAUUUAAAUAUUGAAGAUUUAAGACUUAGAGUAGUAAAUGGAAUGGAUCAUACAGAUCCUGUAGUUGGGCUAAUGUAUAGUCCUUUUAGAAAUAGGUUUACACCUCUUUUAAUUAGUGAACUCGGAAAUUUUAUGUUACAAGAUGAUCAUGAACUUGAAGAAUACUAA